AUGAAGACUUGUUUGAGUGCUUUUGAUUUGUGGGAAGUGGUGAAAAAUGAGAAGGAACCACCACAACUUCCUGCAAAUCCAACAGUAACUCAAAUGAAAAAUUAUAGUGAAGAAAAAGCAAAGAGGUACAAGGCUAAAAGCUGUAUAGAGUCUUCAGUUUCUGAUGACAUAUUCAUUAGAAUCAUGACUUGUGAAACUGCAAAACAAGCUUGGGAUGUGCUCAAGGAAGAGUUUCAAGGUAGUGACAAGACAAAACAAAUGCAAAUGUUGAAUCUUAGAAGAGAGUUUGAAGUCUUAAAGAUGAAGGAGUUUAAAAAUUUAAAGAAGUACAAUGACAGACUUAUGAAGAUAGUAAACAAGAUUAGAUUACUUGGUGAAGAGCUGUCAGAUAAAAGAAUUGUAGAGAAGGUUCUUGUCAGCUUGCCAGAGAGGUUUGAGUCAAAAAUCUCAUCCCUUGAAGACUCCAAGGACCUGACCAAGAUAACUCCAGUAGAAUUGUUCAAUAUUUUACAAGCUCAAAAGCAAAGAAGGGCUAUCAGACAAGAGGAUUCAACAGAAAGUGCUUUUACAGCCAAGGAAAAAGGCAAGAUGCAAACAGAAAGCAAAGGCAGAAAACAAGGAGAUCGAAGAAACAAAGGUACUGUAAGUAGCUUAGUCACAUGGAGAAGAACCUCCUCAAGUGCAUGGCUCAUUGACAGUGGUUGCACACACCAUAUGGCAUCUGAUAUCAACAUGUUCAAAGAACUAGACAAGACCUGUACCUCUAAAGUCAGAAUAGGAAUUGAACACCAACUGACAGCAACUUACACUCCACAACAAAAUGGAGUCAAUGAAAGGAAGAAUAGAACAAUCAUGGAGAUGGCAAGAUGCAUGCUGUUUGAGAAGAAUCUUUCAAAGAAAUUUUGGGCAGAGGCAGUCAAUACCUCUGUCUACUUGCUCAACAGGCUACCCACAAAAGCUUUGAAGGGAAACACUCCUUUCGAAGCCUGGUAUGGAAGCAAACCAUCAGUGCACCACCUCAGAGUUUUUGGCAGCAUCUGUUAUGUGUUCGUUCCUGAUAUCAAAAGGGACAAGCUUGAUCAAAAAGCAGAAAUAUGUAUUUUUUUGGGCUAUAGCAACAUCACCAAAGGCUAUAGGACUUACAAUCCACUUACAGGCAAGAUGAUUGUAAGUAAGAAUGUGAGAUUUAAUGAGCAAGCUGCCUGGAAUUGGGAAAAGUUAAAGAGAGAAUCAGUCAAGCAAACUGCUGCAGACAUGAUAAGCUUUCAAGAUCAAGAAGAUUAUAUAUUUGAAAAUGAAAUCAUUGAUCAUGAACCAGUGAGAGGAAUCAGACCACUCAUAGAUAUUUAUCAAAGAUCAAAUGUUGUUAUUCUUGAACCUGCAAGCUUUGAAGAAGCUGUCAAAAUUUCAGAGCGGAAAAAUGCCAUGAAGGAGGAGAUUCAAAUGAUUGAGAAAAAUUAA